UAAUUAACAGCCACCGUUAGCACAUGGUGAAAAUGGCAGCGGUGGAGAAACAACAGGGCCACAGAGCCGGCUUAUACAAACAAAAGAAUAAAGAACAUAAGCAUGGCAAACACCGGACGAAGGGGGAAAUUGAAAAAGAAAGCAAAGGGAGAGUAUCAGUGACAGUGCUUACCAAAAAACAGAGGAAGGAGCAAAAGAAGAUGGACAGAAGAAACAAAGCGAACCAGAUACGCCGAAAUAAGAAAGACAUGGUCUUGACAGAAAAGCGGCGUCUGGGCACUAGAGACGGUCCUCCACAUUUGGUGGUUGUGUUGUCCCUGCAUGCUGAAGCCGAUGCUGCAGCUGUUACCAAACUGCUGCGAGGAGAAGGUGCUGGGGGCAUUGUGCAUCAAGAGCAAUGUGUCAGUGGUGUCAGUGACAGCUUUGGACUGAUUCUGCCUCGCUUUAAACAAAGGUUUACCUUUUUAAACCAGAGCACAGCUGACAUGCACUCCUUGUUGGAUGUGGUAAAAGUCGCAGAUAGUCUUGUGUUUGUGCUGGACUCUACUGAAGGUUGGGACACCUAUGGAGAACAUUGUCUCUCCUGUCUCUUUGCCCAGGGCCUCCCCAGCCAUGCUCUGGUUUGUCAGGGUGUGUCUGAAAUUCCUGUGAAGAAGAGAGUCGAAUCCAGAAGAGCAUUGUCAAAGAUUACAGAAAUUCGCUUCCCUGAUGCCCGUCUUUUCCCUCUGGACUCGGAACAGGAUACCACUCUUCUUCUCAGACACCUUGGCAGCCAGAAACAAAGAAAGCUUGGUUUCCGUUCCAGACGUUCUCAUCUUUUGGCACAGCACGUCACUUUUACACCCAACAGCCCUUCUGAGGGGACAGGCAGCGGGCCCACUGGCCUGGGCACUCUCUGCGUCUCCGGGUACGUCCGUGGUCGCGCUCUGAAGGUUGACAGGCUUGUGCACAUCAGCGGGCAUGGAGACUUUCAGCUCAGUCAGGUUGAUGCUCCACCAGACCCACUUCCCCUCAACGUAACAAGCAAAACAAGAAAGCCGGGCAAAGGUGGCGACUUUGAAAUGCAGGAGCCUGAUUCAUGCUGUGCUUCAGAAGAGGAAGAUGAUGAAGAGGAGGAAGAAGAGGUGUGCUCUACAGAGCGAGCUGGAGCAGAUCAGCAGUAUGACGAACACAUGGAUGAAGCAGCAGAAGAAGAAGGCCUGAAACUCUACAGAGAGGCUCGAUCCAAUGAGAUGUUUCCUGAUGAGGUGGACACGCCCAAGGACACGCCCGCUAGAAUCAGGUUCCAGCGCUACAGGGGUCUGAAAAGUUUCCGCUCCUCACCCUGGGACCCUUUGGAGAAUUUACCUCACGACUAUUCACGCAUUUUCCAGUUUCAGAGUUUCGAACGCACUCGCAGACGCAUCCUGGCAGAGGCCGCAGCUGAGGAGGAGGAGGGAGCAAUGGUUGGCUGGUAUGUCACACUGCACAUCAUCGACGUGCCUUUCUCUGUGAUGGAGAGUGUCCAGUCCGGCAAACCUCUGUUGCUGGUGUCUCUCCUGCCCCACGAGCAGAAGAUGUCGGUGAUGCAUGUCCUGGUGAGGAGACACCCCAGCAACACUGAGCCAAUCAAAUCGAAAGAGGAGCUUGUGUUUCACUGUGGAUUUCGGAGAUUCCGGGCCUCGCCUAUAUUCUCUCAGCACACAUCAGCUGAUAAACAUAAGAUGGAGCGUUUUCUCAGGCCCGAUGCCCCCACUGUGGUGUCAGUGUAUGCCCCCAUCACCUUCCCUCCUGCAGGAGUACUGCUCUUCAAACAAAGGAAUGAUGGUGUCCAGGACCUAGUGGCGACCGGCAGCCUGCUCAGCUGUGACCCUCGGCGCGUUGUGCUCAAGAGGAUUGUGCUGAGUGGACACCCAUUUAAAAUCAACAGGCGUUCAGCUGUAGUCCGCUACAUGUUCUUUAACAGAGAUGACAUCAUGUGGUUCAAACCAGUGGAGCUGAGGACAAAAUGGGGUCGGAGAGGCCACAUCAAGGAGGCUUUAGGAACACACGGUCACAUGAAGUGCGUCUUCGAUAACCAGCUGCGCUCUCAAGAUACUGUUCUGAUGAAUCUGUACAAAAGGGUGUAUCCUCGCUGGACGUAUGACCCAUAUGUGCCCUCCCAGCUACCUUGGUUCAAGAAAGAAGUUACAAUUGAAUUUGAUGACUUGGACAUGGAAUAGUUGGAGAAAAACAGCAGUUUGAGAGAAACAAGAUGCAUAUUAAUUAAACAGAUUCACAUGACACGUUCAGUAAAUAUAUUAAAUAUUAAGAAAUACAACAUA